AUGAUAAGUAAUGAUCAUGUCGACCGAUUUUUAACAGAGCAAGCAAUGCAAUGGCAUUUUAUACCUGCUAACUCGCCUCAUAUGGGCGGGAUAUGGGAAGCGGCCGUACGUUCAGCAAAAACACACAUGAAGCGUGUUGUCGGCAACAAUUUAUUAACAUUCGAAGAACUUAGUACCAUCUUUGCACAAAUUGAGGCCGUACUAAAUUCGCAACCGUUAUGUCCUCUUUCAAACGAUCCUCAGGAUUAUGAAGUGCUUACACCGGGACAUUUUAUCAUCGGCGAACAAAUUAACUCCUUCCCAGAGCCCGACUUAACAGAAAUAUCUACAAACAGGUUAACACGAUUUCAAUUGUUGUCGCAGAUGCGUCAAAACUUCUGGAAACGUUGGGUCAGCGAGUACUUAACGCAACUUCAGAAUCGGUACAAGUGGCAGAAACCAAAUUAUGAUAAUAUUAAGAUCGGUACGUUAGUGCUAUUAAAAGACAAUGACCUUCCACCCUUGAAGUGGCGCAUGGCGAGAAUAAUUGAACUCCAUACUGGCUCCGACGGCAAUGUCCGUGUUGUUAGUGUACAAACACCUACGGGAGUUACGAAGCGUACCAUUCACAAAAUUUGUGUGCUUCCUACCGAGGAUUAA